AUGACAGCAUCGCCGAUGCGACAGCCCAAGGCGGUUCCUGAAGAUGCAUCUAUGGAGCUGCUACUGGGGUCCCAGCACUACUACGAAGAUGACGCUUCCAAGUUUUGGAAUGAGGAUGCCUCGUUGGAUGAUGUCGUGGGCUAUUUGUUGAGUAGCCGGAGCAUCAAUUUGGCCCCGGAACUGAAGGUUGCACUGGGCCUGAUCAAAUGA